UUUACAUAACAAAUGCCUUCUGCGUCCACACAAAUUAAGCCAGUUUCCUCGGAUUUUGGUACAGAACUUUUUGAUAGGUUCAAUUUUUGCCUUUCAGAAACGUGUGUUUGAAAAGUUAGUGGAUCAAAUUUCAGCUGGUUCUUCGCUUGUGUCAGGCGGAAAGUAACUGACUCAGACGGCCAUUUUGCUAAGGAAUAGGGUAGGUUCUACUAUAUUGGUAAUUACCGUAAGCCCUUUACUUGGUUCUGUAACUAAAGAAUUUUCUUGGGCACACAAGGCUUAUGUUGAUCGCUCAAUAUAUUGGAUAUAUGAAUCGAGCGAGGUAAUACAGAUAUGAUCCGAUUUGCUCAUGAUAUUCUUCCGUCGAAUACGACCGCUUCAACUUUUGUUUAUUUUCUUAGAACCCGGCAAUACCUUAACAAGAUAGCAAAGAGAAUGGCUCACUCAAGAAUGGCUCGCUUUGCGGUGUUUUGGUUCAACGUAUUUGCCCUUGUUAUUUUUACACACCCAGUGUCUGCUGCAAUUACAACCACUCUGAGUAAGUUUUUUUAUUUCUUAUUAAUUAUUGUAAGAUUUGCUUUGAGGAAUUGGGAAAGAUGUAUUCCACUUUAUCAACAGGAGAUAUAGAAACAGCUAUUUGGUGUUUUCAUGCACACAAAAAUAACCACUAAACGAUUUUUCCUGAAAACGUCGAUGUAAUAUUAUUCCGGAAGUAACGCAAUAAUUACUAUGGCUCAGCUUCGGUCUGUUGUUUAUGCAAAUACAGUCGAACCCGGCGACACCUCGUUAUUACGGCAGUUUUCUUUGUCCCUGGGAGAAAGCCCUUAAAUUUUUUCUAAAUUUAACCUGCAUAAUACGGACACCCGUUAUUGUUGACAACGAAUAUUUUUUUUCUUGCACAAUCAACAGAUUCUCACAGAAGGUCAAGCUCGGUAAUGAGGCCACUUUAUUUUCCACUUUGUGCUCGUAAUAAACCUCUCUUUCCUGAAGGUAGAAAAAACUUUCAGUUGACAUCAUAUCGAUGUUUCCAGUGCUACAGUACACCGAAUAGGAUGAAUUGUGAACGUCAAUUUUAGACUAAUUUGACAUCAAUAGAGUGAAUAUGCAGAGAACGGUUUUUGAUUAUACAAUGGAUUAUGAGCGACUUUUCGAGACUUCUGAUUUUUUUCAUGAACAUAGUGCGUGGAUUAACGGCUUUGUAAAGUUCAGAGAUGUUUUAAAUUGGUUUGACAAUGCUAGUCACCUGUUUUAUUUCUUUAGUAUUUUGUCCAAAUAAAAGAUAGAUUUUGACUUGAAUAACAUGACCCGUUUAAUACGGACACCCCGUUAAUAUGGACACUUUCUGUGGCCUCCACAGUGUCACAGUGUUCGUAUUAACGGGGUUUGACAGUAACUAAGUCUUCCCAGAGGCCUGUUAGACAAAGUGACAUUAUAUUGAAAAAAAUUAAACUAUCAAACGUUGCAGAAAUAUGGUUUCUUUCAUCUUAGCUAGAAAAGGAAACACUUCCAUAGAAUAUAGCAUUUCAACACAAUGAUGAUUGCAUUUAUCACUUCUUUGCAGCUGUUUUGUGAGUAAAAAAGGCCAAGGAAGAGUAGAUAUAAGAAAAUCACUGUUUGUUUCCUCUGAUUUUGCUUCAGGCCUUGAGAGAGGAAUUAACGGUAUUUCUGACAAAUAUAUAGACAAUUAUUCAUUCAAAACGAUUGAUACUUUUAAAACAAGCUAAAACAUGCUUGGCUUGAUAAAUAUUGCAUUCUUGUCUUUAUUAAUUUUGCCUCUUCCUUGGCAAAUUUAAGAUAUGAAGGGGUGUUUGGUCUAUCAGAUAUUCUACAAAUUGUAUUGGUGCAGUUCUUGUCAUGUUUUUAGGCAGAGCUCUGCUGCAACGUGUGAAAUUUUUCAUUAUUUUCUCCAGUUCUACCAAAACAGCUGAGCUAAAGCAACCUUGUCACCAGGGAUGCUCGAUGUCCGUCCCUUUUUGUCGAUAUUCUGUACUGUUGACGUCAUACGUCAUUACUGGAUAUCGGUUGGUAGGGAUCUUCCAAAUUUGGUCAAGGUUAGCUGGUUGUGAAGAAUUUGCAGAGGGAUUUCAGCCAAUUAGAAACGGAGGGAUGUUGUAAAUGAACUAUAAAAUGAUACAUUUUAGAGAGUUACGAAUUUCUUUAUUGCGCACAAACUUCUCAAACUCCUUGUUUGUUGACUUGCGUUUGUGUUUUUAUUAUUAUUAUUAUUAUUAUUAUUAUUAUUAUUAUUAUUAUUAUUAUUAUCCUUAUUACUUUUUUUCUUUUUACUUUUAGCUCAAAAUUCAACCUUAGCUUUCACCUCAAGCAUUUCGCGUACUGGUAAGUGUAAAUACUUUAUUACAUCUGAAACUUUUCCACAGCUGUGCUUGUUAUCGGAUGCAAAUUACCUAAUUACUUAAGGUUCUUCCUUUUUUGGGUUUGUGUUUCUAGGAAUAACCGUUGUAAAGACCUUUAACGUGCAAAUUAGAGUAAACAAAACCUUUUUGCUUGGAUAUACUAAUCUCAGUUCCUCCGAAUCCCUUACCCUUAUUCACAAUUUCACUGCACGAACUGAAGAUGUGUUUCGUGCACGCCUUUCGCAUUUUAAUCAAACUGAAGUGAAAAGUCUUUUAAAUGAAAGUGUGUUGGUAGAUUUGGAUUUGGAUGUUUGGUUUUAGUUCAGACUUCAACUUUAGCUUUCACCUCAAGCAUUUCGCCCACUGGUAAGUGUAAAUACUUUAUUAUAAAAUGAAAUGAUACAUUUUAGAGAGUUAUGAAUUUCUUUAUUGCGCACAAACUUAACUCGAACCUCUACUCCUUGUUUGUUGGCUUGCGUUUGUGUUAUUAUUAUUAUUAUUAUUAUUAUUAUUAUUAUUAUUAUUAUUAUUAUUAUCCUUAUCCUUAUUACUUUUUUUCUUUUUACUUUUAGCUCAAAAUUCAACCUUAGCUUUCACCUCAAGCAUUUCGCCUACUGGUAAGUGUAAAUACUUUAUUACAUCUGAAACUUUUCCACAGCUGUGCUUGUUAUCGGAUGCAAAUUACCUAAUUACUUAAGUUUCUUUCUUUUUUGGGUUUGUGUUUCUAGGAAUAACCGUUGUAAAGACCUUUAACGUGCAAAUUAGAGUAAACAAAACCUUUUUGCCUGGAUAUACUAAUCUCAGCUCCUCCGAAUCCCUUACCUUUAUUCACAAUCAAACUGAAGUGAAAAGUCUUUUAAAUGAAAGUGUGUUGGUAGAUUUGGAUGUAGAGGUAUACAGUUUGUCAAAUGCGAGUACGAUUGCCAUAGAAUGUGCACUGGAAGACGCUAACUCUUUCUUCUUCUUCUUUUUCUUCUUGUUCUUCUUGUUCUUGUUCUUGUUCUUAUUAUUAUUAUUAUUAUCUUUGUUAUUACUUUUUUUAUGUUUGGUUUUAGUUCAGACUUCAACUUUAGCUUUCACCUCAAGCAUUUCGCCUACUGGUAAGUGUAAAUACUUUAUUACAAAAUGAAAUGAUACAUUUUAGAGAGUUAUGAAUUUCUUUAUUGCGCACAAACUUAACUCGAACCUCUACUCCUUGUUUGUUGACUUGCGUUUGUGUUAUUAUUAUUAUUAUUAUUAUUAUUAUUAUUAUUAUUAUUAUCCUUAUCCUUAUUACUUUUUUUCUUUUUACUUUUAGCUCAAAAUUCAACCUUAGCUUUCACCUCAAGCAUUUCGACGACUGGUAAGUGUAAAUACGUUAUUACAUCAGAAACUUUUCCAUAGCUGAGUAUGUUAUCGAAUGCAAAUAACUUAAUUGAGUUUCAUUUUUGUUUUGUGUUUCUAGAAAUGCCCGUUGGAAAGACCUUUAACGUGCAGAUUAGAGUAAACGAAACCUUUUUGCCUGGAUAUACUGAUCUCAGCUCCUCCGAAUCCCUUACCUUUAUUCGCAAUUUCACUACAAAAAUGGAAGAUGUCUUUAGUAGCCUUUCGUAUUUAAAGCAAGUUGAAGUGAAAAAUCUUUCACAUGGAAGUGUGUUGGUAGAUUUCAAUGUAGUGGUAUAUAGUUUGUCGAAUGCGAGUACGAAUGCCAUAGAACGUGCACUGGAAAACGCUAACCGCACUGGAUCUCUGGGUUACCAGCUUGUAGGGAAUAUUGCUGUUCAAGAAGUACAACAGUCAUCCUCUUCUAUUGUUCCAACUUCAACUGCUAAGAUCACAAAAACAGGUAAAAUAUAUGUUUUUUUGUAAGCCUAGUACUAGGGAUGGCGCUUUAUUGAGAGCACUCACCUGCAACUCAUGUGGACCGAAUUCAACUGUCGAAGGUGACUCCACAUGUGGGUUGAGUUUGUUAUUGGUUCUCUUCUCUGAUCCAAGAGGUUUUCUCUGGGUAUCACGUUUUACCGCAAAAACCAACACUUUCAGGUUCCAUUUUAAUCUGAAACGCACGAACAUAUGUAAAAGAGCCCUUACGCCCUGUAGGAGCUGCGCGUAUUAAAAAAGUUCCAGGUCGACGGCGCUGAUAACGGUUCCAUGGAAUCUUUCUUUACCAGUGCAUGGGUGAAUUUGUUUAUAGCUGAAUUUGAAUUUUAAAUUAUACAAGCGUAAGGUUGUUAUAUGUUGAAUAAUGAUUAUUAAGUGAUACUAAAUCUCUAUGAAAUAAUUUCCUAUUAUUAAGUUGUGCAUGUGUCCACUGAUUAAUCUUGUAAAUAAAAAAUUCCGUUUAUCCAGGUGCAAGUGCAACUACAUAUAGCCCCUCCG